UUAGUGAUAUCAGUCCGAGAAAAAGACAGUUAACGAGACUGAUUUUCCAUUUCAAGGCUGGAAACCUGUGGAAUAAGAGGGUCAGCUCUCCUUGUAACUUUUUCUAGAGAAGAAAAGGAAGGAACUUGACUUUGGCAUUUGGAGUGGACUGGAAUGGACUGGACAGGACUGGAACUGGGCAUGGCCCAAACCAGGUUCUUACACCUCGACUUCCUUUUGCUGUUUUCAGCUCUUGCCUGCCUCGUCUCAGGAGAGACCCAAGUGGCAAGAGUGAAUGAACCUGCUACCUUUUCAUGUGACUAUAAUAUUCCUAAGAAGGAAAUGGCAAGUUAUAGAGUCUACUGGCAAAAUGCUGAGAGAGUAGUACAGGCCUAUGUACCUGGGAAAAAGAUUGAAGAACUCAUCGACCCUUCAUAUGUGAACAGGACAACUGCAAUUGACUUGUCCAAUAACCUCUCUGUCACGAUCCUUUCUCUACAAGUGCCUGAUGAGGGCACCUAUGAGUGUAUAGUACAGAAAUUGGUAGGAGGACAAUACAAACGUGUCCACAAGCUUGAUGUGAAAUUAUCGAUUAGAGCUGACUUCUCAGAUCCUAAUAUCCAUGAAGAAGGAUUUUUUUUUUCUUGUUGGAGGAUAACUUGUUCAUCUAGCAAAGGUUAUCCACAGCCUAAGCUCUUCUGGUUGAAAGAUGGGAAAGAACUAACUUCCUUCAACACCACCACUUUCCAAGAUCCAACAACUAGGCUGUAUAACAUUGACAGUGAACUCUGUGUCAAUCAAACCAACGAUUUCUCUUUAACCUGCUUAAUCAAGUAUGGUGAUUUUCAAGUGUCAACAAAUGUUACGUUAAAAAGAGACAUACCCUUUCGGAGAACUCUCCAACCACCCAUCAUUGCUUCUAUAGUGAUAAGCAUCUGCUUUUUCUUCAUAGCCUUGAUUCUGUAUCUGAAACGAUACCACUGCCAGUUCUGUAAACAACCAGAGGUUGACCUCUACUCUGUCCCCCAAGGACUCACUGUGGCAGCCACAGAGGAAGAGGCAAAUGACUUGGUGUUCCCACUAGCCCAGGUUGAACGGGCUGCAACAACUGGCAAGGCAGCCAGUGUGUGAAGGAUUCUCUAAAUAGACCAUCAUAUGAACCAUAAAUACCUACUCUGAGUCAAGCACCAUGCUAGUAUUAAGGAAACAAAGACAAAAAAAGAAAGGAUCCAUAGUCUCGAGGAGCUUACAUUGUAUGGGGGAGACAACAUGUGCAUAUACAAGUAUAUACAAAAUAAAUAUGUAAAGUACUACCUCUGCUGUAUAUGGACAGUUUAUUUGCUGAAAGAGGCAAAACAAAAGGACAAUUGUGUGAGAAAAGCAGCUUGGAACAGUUCCUAGGACUUCAGAGGAAACAAUCCCUUAGAAAAAUGUACGAAGAGGACCUGUUUUGAAAGAAGUUCAAAGUCAAGAGCAGUGAUUGAUGUAAAGCUGACUUCAGCACAUGGCUGUCUGCAGUUCAUUUACAUGUGCCUAUUUUCAGGGUUUUGAAGGAUAUAGCUAAAAAUCUAAACAUCAGAAAAUAGCUUGGGAGACCAUGAUUUGCUAGUGUAGUUACUGUCUGAUAGAACUGUGAACACUGGGUUUCUCAACUAUGAUUAUAGAUGGGUCUCUCUCUACCCAUGAAAAGUCCCUGAUUCAAGACAUUGGAAGCCAGAGUGGAGAAGAGAAACAGGGAUCUGAAGAAAAACUGAAACCUGAAGAAAGAAGAUGAUGACAGAGACAAAAGCAGAGUAAGGACUGCCAUCCAACUUUUCCCCUAAAGGAAGGAAGGAAGGAAGAAAGGAAGAAAGAGAGAAAGAAAGGAAGAAAGAAAAAGAAAGAAAGAGAAAAAAGAAAGAAAGAAGCAAAAUAGAGGAGAAUCUAAAGAGAAGAGCAUCAGUUUUGGGAUGAGUCAGCCGAGAAAACUGGCUGAAUUAGUCAAGAAGGCUUUGUAAUUGACACAGGGAGCUCAUUGGAGUAGAACUCUAUAACCGAUAGAAGCUAGUUGGAGAAAGCAAAAUUUUCUUGCUAUAUGAAGAAGCUGGCUGAGGUUGUAUGCAAUGCUCUUUUGCACCAUCUAGAGUUUGAGAGCUGAUUUAGCACAGGCGAGCCCUGCAUGUGAACUAGGAAUUGUUUUGGAGAACGGCUCUCUGGCUGCUGAGAGUUCACCGGAGAAAGCCCAAUCCGGCAGGCUGGACUUGUCUGAAUUGCUCUUUAGCGCUUGAGAGAGCUUCAGGGGGUUGAAUGCAUUGCUCUCUGUUGCCCUCUAUGGUUUGAAAGGGAGAAACUCGUGAGAAUCGAGAGAGCCCCAGAUCUGAAUUUUGCAGAUCCCUAGCUUGAGAGAACAAAAUUCUUGUCACUGAAUUAACUUAAGACUGCUUCAGUGCACAGACAAAGGAGCUGGCCCUUGGCAUAGGGCUGCUGUUUCAAUUAAAGAAUAUAAUGCUGCUGCUUCACUAAGAGUUUCAGUGGCCCAAGAGAAUCUUAGGAUGAGAAGUUGAUUCACAAUAUAGACAGCUCCCUACAUGAGACCACCGAUAUCCAGGACUGCAAACCGGAGUCGUGAAUUGCCCUAGACAUGUGGGUUUCCCCACUCAUAUGCCUCACUUUUAGGUUUCUGUAAGUGUGUGCCUAGUCUCCCUCAUGGACACUGUGUGCAUUGGUGGGAGAAUGUGACUCAGGUUGAUGAGUUGACUCAUAUUUUGAUUAUUCCUGCUUUUGCUUUCUAUUGAGCAAAUGUUAUGAUUACACUUGGUUUUGCCUUCUCUUUUAGUAAAUGUUUCAUAUUCAAGA